AUGGCUUUACGUUAGAGAGCACCUAUGUUCUCUAACUCUUUCAUCCAGUCUUCAUAGGCGAUGGCUAUAAGAGGUCCUAAAAAGAAGAAGGUGGCUGCAGUUGCUGCUCCUGAUUCAAGUGAUAUUGUAAACAUAUGGAAAGACAGACCAGACCCAUAAAUUCAGGCUUCUGAGAGAUACCCCCCCUGGCUAUUUAAUCUUCUUGAGGAGCAUUAUACUCCAGAUGAUGUAGUCUUAUAGAUCUAUCGUGGUGAGAGAGUGCCUGCUGACUUCGAACAGUGGGCUUUGGCAAGAGCAGUGCGUAGAGAUUUGAUGAAGGAUUUGAAUAAGUUAGAGAAGGAUGAGUGGCACUAUGAGAGUGAAGAUGACGAGGGAGAAGAUGUAGGUAAAUUCAAUGAAGAUGAAGCCGAAGGGGGUGAUGCUGAAGGCGGAGAGAAGAAAGAAGGCGAGGAGAAGAAGGAAGGAGCUGCUGCUGCUGGCGGAGCCGGUGGUGCUGGUGGCUAGAAAAAGGAAGGAGAAGAUAAAAAAGAAGGAGGAGAAAAAGAAAAAAAGUGA